AUGACCACCCAGCCCAUCUUCGCAUCAAACUACCCACCCACAGAAGCCACCGCAGCCCUCGCCCCCCUCCUAAAACCCACGGGGAAAUGGUCACUCACACCCAACGGCCAGGGCAUCGAACGACCCUUUAAAUUCAAAGGGUUCAAGAAAUGCUGGGAAUUCAUGAACACUGUAGCACCAGAAUGCACAAAGCAAAAACACCAUCCGGAAUGGUCAAAUGUGUAUAAUACAGCGUACAUACGCUGGACGACGCAUUCUCCGCCGGGGAUAUCUGGGAAGGAUGUGGUGAUGGCGAGGUUUUGUGAUGAGGUUGCGAGGGAGAUGGGGGAGGUUGAGAGUGUGGAUGUGCAGGAUGUGGAGAGAGAAUUGGUUGAGAGGGUUGGGGUUGAGGGGGGUGACUGUUGUGUUCCCAAGAAGAAGAGCUGA